UUUUUUUUUUUAAGGCUCUCUUCUUCUCUCCUAUAAAUACCUUCCUCCACUCCCCUUUCCCUCCCCAACCUUUCAUUUCUCUCCUCUGUCCAUCGUUUUCUAUUUUCCUUCGUCCUUUGUAGCCAUGUCGAGCACUGCCGGUCAGGUCAUCAAGUGCAAAGCUGCGGUGGCGUGGGAGGCUGGCAAGCCGCUUGUGAUUGAAGAAGUAGAGGUGGCACCGCCGCAGGCCGGUGAAGUGCGUUUGAAGAUCCUUUUUACCUCUCUUUGCCACACUGAUGUUUACUUCUGGGAGGCCAAGGGCCAGACUCCAUUGUUUCCUCGUAUAUUUGGUCAUGAAGCUGGAGGAAUUGUGGAGAGCGUUGGCGAGGGUGUGACUCAUCUGAAGCCAGGAGACCAUGCCCUCCCUGUAUUCACAGGAGAAUGUGGGGAAUGUCCGCAUUGUAAAUCAGAAGAGAGCAACAUGUGCGAUCUUCUUAGGAUUAACACCGACAGGGGCGUUAUGCUCAGCGAUGGCAAGACCAGGUUCUCUAAAAAUGGACAGCCCAUAUACCACUUUGUUGGAACCUCCACAUUCAGUGAAUACACCGUUGCUCAUGCUGGAUGUGUUGCAAAGAUCAACCCUGCUGCUCCACUUGACAAAGUUUGUAUUCUCAGUUGCGGAAUAUGCACAGGUCUUGGUGCUACUGUUAAUGUUGCAAAACCAAAGCCUGGUUCUACUGUUGCAGUCUUUGGACUAGGGGCUGUUGGCCUUGCUGCUUGCGAAGGAGCAAGGAUUUCUGGUGCAUCGAAAAUUAUUGGGGUGGAUUUAGUUAACAGCCGAUUUGAAGAAGCCAAAAAAUUUGGGGUCACUCACUUCGUGAACCCAAAAGAACAUGACAAACCUGUUCAAGAGGUAAUUGCUGAAAUGACCAAUGGAGGAGUGGACCGUGCUGUUGAAUGUACUGGAAGCAUACAAGCCAUGAUUUCAGCAUUCGAAUGUGUUCACGAUGGCUGGGGUGUGGCUGUACUUGUGGGUGUUCCGAACAAAGAUGACGCAUUCAAGACUCAUCCUAUGAAUCUGUUGAACGAGAGGACUCUGAAGGGCACUUUCUACGGUAACUAUAAGCCCCGCACCGAUCUUCCUAAUGUGGUGGAGAAGUACAUGAAAGGGGAGCUGGAACUGGAGAAGUUCAUAACGCACACGGUCACAUUCUCAGAGAUUAACAAGGCAUUUGAUUAUAUGCUGAAAGGGCAGUCAAUCAGGUGCAUCAUCCGGAUGCAAGAGUGAAGCUGCUGGGAGAAGCCGUUUUCUGUCCGUUAGGGAGAAUGAGAAUAAAAUUUAAACAUGUAAUCCAAUCCUCUUAUGGGGAUCAUGGGAUUUUUAUGUGCAGUGUGAGCGGGAGAGUUUAUAGCGAUUUUGUUUCUUGGAUUGAACUUUUGGUGACUCGCACCCAGAGUCCACCCGUACUUCGCGUGUUUCUGCUAUUCAAACUUGAAAUGCUACUUUCGGCUUGUUCAAUUCA